UCUGGCGGCGUUGCGGGCACGGCCCCGCUGACCGGGCUGGCGCUGCUGCCGCUGCUCCUGGCCAUGCUGCUGGGCUCCUGCCCCUGCCUGCGCCGCCGAGGACACUUCCAGGUUUUUUACUGGACCCACCUCUCCUACAUCCCCGUGUGGUUCCUGCUGCUCCUGCACGCUCCCCACUUCUGGAAGUGGUUCCUGAUUCCCGGCUCCCUGUUUUUCCUGGAGAAGGUUCUGGGCUGGCUGUGGCGCCGGGCGGGAGAUCUGCACAUCCUGGAGGCCAGGCUGCUGCCCUCCAAGGUGACGCACCUGGUGAUCCAGCGGCCGGAAUCCUUCCGCUUCCAGCCGGGGGAUUUCGUCUUCCUGAACAUCCCGGCCAUCGCCGCCUACGAGUGGCAUCCCUUCUCCAUCAGCAGCGCUCCGGAGCAGCCAGGAACACUCUGGCUGCACAUCCGGGCGCGGGGCCAAUGGACCAACAAGCUCUACGAGCACUUCCAGCGGCUGGAAUCGCGCGGCCCGGAGCCGGAUCCGCCCGGGAAGAGCCGCAGGGAGCGCUGGGAACAGGUGGGAUCGAGUGGAUCCCAUGGGAUCAUCCCGGUCUGCAGCCGGGGAACCCCUCGGGAUGGACAUUCCCAGCCGCAGAUCCCUGGGAGCGGCGAUCCCAGCGGAGAUUCCCGAUCUUUGUUCCCAGGAAGGAUCCGUGGCCUCCGGCAGGGACGGAGCCGUGGAGCUGCUGGCGUUCCGAGCCUCCGGAGCCGCUUUCCCGGGAAAGGACCCGGAGCAGGGGGGCUCCGGGCCCAGAGAGACCCUGCGGAGCUGCAGCGUCAAGGUGAGACAUUCCUGCCUUUCCUGGAUCCCAGGAAACGGCCUGGGAGCAGCAUUCCAUCCAUCCCAGCCACGUUCCAGGCACUCCAUCCCUGUUCCCUCCAUCCCAGCCACAUUCCCAGCUCCUCCAUCCUGCAUCCCUGUGCACAGAUGAUCCCACCUGGGGCUGAUCCAAGCCCUGCCCUGCUGGAAAACUCCCCCCCGUUCCUUGCUCGCAUCCCAAAUUCCGUGAUCCCCUCUGUGCCCUUCUGCUCCACCUGGGAGCUGCUCCAGCACCUGGAACUGCGGGAUCUGUCCCGGGUCAGGAUCUGUCCUGGAUCUGUCCUGGGUCGGGAUCUGUCCUCAUUUCGGAUCUCUCCCUGUUCCGGAUCUCUCCAGUGUUUCCUGGACGGUCCCUACGGAAGCCCGAGCUGGCGGAUCUUCACCUCGGAGCACGCCGUGCUCAUCGGAGCCGGCAUCGGGAUCACCCCCUUCGCCUCCAUCCUGCAGAGUAUCAUGUUCCGGUACCGGCGGCGGAUGCGGAGCUGCCCCAGCUGCCGUUUCUCCUGGAGAGAGGAAGAGCGGGAUGAGGAGAUGACGCUCCGGAAGGUGGAUUUUGUCUGGAUCACGCGGGAGCAGCAGCACCUGCAGUGGUUCCUCAGCCUCCUGGCCCAGCUGGAGGCGCAGCAGGCGGAGCUGGAGCCGGGAGGGAAGUUCCUGGAGCUGCACCUGUUCAUGACCUCGGCCCUGGGCAAGGGGGACGUGAAGGCGCUGGGGCUGCAGCUGGCGCUGGAUCUGCUGGCGGCCCAGGAAAAGCGGGAUUCCAUCUCCGGCCUCCGCAGCCGCACCCAGCCCGGCCACCCCGACUGGGACAAGCUAUUCGGGAAGGUGGCGGCGGAGCGGCGCGGGAAGGUCCGGGUGUUCUUCUGCGGCUCCGCGGGGCUGGCCAGGAUCAUCCGCAGGCACUGCCGGAGCUUCGGAUUCGCCUUUUCCAAGGAAAACUUCUGAGCCGACAGGAGCGCUUCCCGCCGGCAGCCGAUCCCAUUCCCAGCUCGGAUCCGCCACGGAAACCUGGGAAAAGCUCCUGCAGAUCCGAGGAAUAAAAAAGAUGGAAAAGUUUCCUUUGGAUCUGAGGAAUGAUUCAGGACAAGACGGGAAUGUUGGGGUCGAUGGAAGCAAUUCCAGCUCCUUGGCAAAACCAAGGGAAAACUGGGAUGGGAAUUGGUGUCCGAGAGGUGCCGCUCCCUCCAGCCCGGAAUCUGCGCUGGAUUGGGAUUGGUUUUCCUGGUAAACCAAGAGAAUCCAGGAAUCAGGAGCUGGCCAGGCCAUGGAUAACAAUUCCUCUUGGAAUUCCUGAUUUUCCAGCCUUUUCCACGCCUGGGAUCCGCUCCGUAGCGACGGCUCCUCGCGGGCAAGGCGCGGAAUUCCCGAGAUCAGUGUCGGAUAGGGAUUGAAUCCCAUUCGUCCGGUGCAGGGGGGGUUCUGCCGGCUUCAUCCCGAGCUGGGCGGGUUUUAGGGAUGGAGGAUUUGGAAUUUCUUUGGAAUCAUGGAAUGGUUUCUGUUGGAAAAGCCCUCGGAGCUCCUGGAGUCCAACCAUGCCGCUGUCCCCAGGUGCCACAUCCCAAGGGUUUCAACCCCUCCGGGAUGGGAUCCCAUCCCUGCCUGGCAGCUGUUCCAGCCCUGGAGCUUUUCCAGGUGGGAAUUUUCCAGGUGGGAAUUUUCCAGGUGGGAAUUUUCCCCCUAUUCCCAAACCCCCCUUGGCGCAGCCGCUCUCCCCGAGGGCAUCAGAGCCGCCAUUCCGCACGCGCGGAUCUCCCGCCUCCCUUGGCCGCUCAUUAAUCAAUCAUUAAUCAUUAAUGAACCCCCGCUAAUGAGCGCGAGCGCCGCCCGCGCCUCCCU